CGAGUCCUUUGUACCUGACUAAAGCUUUCUGGGUUCGGUGUCUUAUCUCGCUUUGUCUUGCUUCCAGUUCUUAUUCGGCUCCUCCAAUGAAAUUGUGUCCCACUGUGUAACAAACGUACGUAAGAUACCGUCCAUCAACUCCAUUUGUUACGAACCAGUGGCGACUGGCGAAGUGUGGGGAACCCAAAUUAGCUGCCGCCUUGCAGCUGCCUCUCCAAGACCACAUAACGUUACACUCGCCGCAUUUGCUCACCUUCAGGUAUUUGUGAACUUCUCUUCCACAACUGCCAGUGGAAUCCAGCACGCAAACAGUCAUCAAACAUAUGAAUCGAUCGCAGCCGGCUACUCGCCUCUACCAGCAUACGGCAUUUUCCCCAGAUCAGAGAUAGCCACCGGCUCAUCACGUCGACGACUUCUGCUUGCAAAUCAUAUCAACAACGACCACAGCGAGGAUGUCCUCACCCACGAACCCAACCUCAGGGAACAGGAAGAAGCCCGCUGAGCAGAUAACGUUUCGUUUCUGCUCAGAAUGCAGCAAUAUGCUAUAUCCAAAAGAAGACGAAGUCGAGCGCAAGCUCAUGUUCACGUGCCGCACGUGCAGCUUUUCGGAGGAGGCCACCUCAUCUUGCAUCUUCCGAAAUGCUAUGAAUAACGCCGCCGGCGAGACGGCUGGCGUGACGCAAGAUGUCGGCAGCGAUCCGACGCUGCCGAGGGCCAACCGCACCUGUCCGGCUUGCAAGCAUGAGGAGGCGGUCUUCUUUCAGUCGCAGCAGCGGAGCGCUGAAACAGGAAUGAAACUCUUCUACGUCUGUUGCGAGUGCGGCAACAUCUUUCAAUAGUCUUGUUUUACUUGCGGCUUGAUAUCGACAUGGCGUGGUCCAUAAGAAACAUCGGUGCAUCUCGGCGUUCGCUGGAGGAGAGCAGUAGAUUACGGGGGGAUCUGGCUUUUGGAGGCGCAAGCGUGGUAUCUCGGGUGAUUACAUGUAUGAAGUCGGUACUCAACCCCGUCUCACACCACUGCUGGAUGGAACACGUUGAGUUACCCA